CAUGACCAGUGGUUCUACCCUUUCUUUUUGAAAAUUUCAAAUUUUUGGUACCGAUUAUGAUAUGUUAGUCCGGUCCUGUAGUUACCAUAGAAAAUUAAAAUAUAUGGUUACACUAACAGUUCCAGGCACAUUAAAAGAUAGAAGAAGAACAAUUUAAUAUUCGAUGCAUUCCAUCAAAUGUUUGGUUAUUUUGACAAGUAGAUUUUGGAGGUUAGAUUAGUCACUGUUAUGAAAUUAAAAAAUAUCUCAUUCCAACAUUUCAACAUUCCAAAAUGAAUUCAACAGAUUUUAAAUUGGAAAAUUUGAGAAAAAACAUAACUGAAAGUAGUUUUCAAAUAAAAGCCAUAGUUCAAGAUAUAAAUGAAUGUGAGGGACCAUUAUCGGAACUUCAUAAACUGAAUUCCGUGGGUAGAUCUAAAAUUGCUUCUCUCAGGGAGCACAUUGAUAAAUUUUUGGAAAUGGCAGAUGAAAGUAAAGAUUCUAACCUACUGAAGGAGGUAAUACUCUACAGAGAACAGCUAUCUAGUACAAUGGAUUAUUUUAAAAAGGCAAAUAUAAAGACGAUGCUGAAAAUUGAGAAGGAUUCCAAACAAAAACUGUUCAGUAGAAGUCAGGAAUCUGGCCUUAGACUGAGGAGUCAAAAACGUGAUAAGGAGAGUCUUGUUAAGCAAUCAUCAAAUAUAACUGAUCAACUUUUGGCAGUUAGUAGACAGCUUGCCGAUACAACUAAACAGAGUGCUGACACCUUGGACACCUUAAUAAGCUCUUCAGAUAGCAUAUACGGGACACAGGAGGAACUGAAAGUAACUGGUGGUGCGAUUACACAAUCAGGGAAACUCCUAGCUAAGUAUGGGAGGAGGGAGUUCACUGAUAAAAUCCUAGUCUGGUUCGCUUUUCUGUUUUUCUGCUUUUGUGUGUUCUACAUAGUGCAAAAAAGGUUAUUUUGAAUAAUUUUUUUCACUGAUAUUGGAAUACGAAGCUGCAAAUUUUGGUUGAACAGGUGAUGACUAUUGUCUGGGUGCUAUUAUAAUAAUAGCUUAUGGAGUUCCUUAAAGGGGUAGAGAUUUCAUUUAUAUCAAUUGAUUGUCAUAAUUUCUAUGAGGUUUUGAAAGAUCAUUAUUAUAAUUGAACAUAAUAAUUUUCAAUGUAUGGUUUUAUGUUGACAAAGCACCAAUUGAGUGUAUGUACUGAAUGUAAAUAAAUGAAGAUAUAUUUACAAAGGAAAUAAAUUUCAUAUCGAA